AGAAGCAGUUCCUCAUCUCUGCAAACUGAAGUCAGUUUUUGGUUUACGACAGCAUAAAAGUUAACCACCCAAGAUGAGCGGCGGUGCGGCGACGAAAGCAGCUGGUGCUGCUGGUGCUGAGAAGGAAUCGCAGCAAAUGGAUCCAAAGCCCACUCACAAGCGCACACCGCACCACUCAUUCGAGGCGGCGAGGUGGCGCAAGUACGUGUCUCCAUACAAGGACCAACCUUCACAAGAUGUGAUGCACGUUCUCGUUCUGUUGAGUGCCAUGGGCGCGUUCUUCUUCAGGAGCAUUGCGCUUGGAUGGGUGGCCAUCUUCUGCGCCGCCUCUGGCUUGGCCAACCACAAGUACAGCGGCGACUACUCCAGCUUCACACAAGUCCCGGUUGCUGUGCUGGCGACGGUCAUGGCUUACAUGCACAAGACGAGAUUGGACCAAGAGUGACUGCUGCCUUUCGCGCUUGCUUGACUGCUUCGUUUGAGUUGUGUUGGGUGGAAUUUGGGCAUGUGUGUGAGUGAGUGUGUGAGUGAGUGUGUGAGUGUGUGUGAGUGAGUGUGUGUGAGUGUGUGAGUGAGUGUGUGUGUGUGUACCUGCUCUCUGUGUGUCUCUGUUGAUCUGUCUACCUGUCUGUCUCUGUCCCGCUUUCUUGCCUUCCUGUAUCAAGAGUACAUCCACUGGAACAAGG